AUGUCCGACUCAGAGAAGGGAGAGAUCAAAUUCGUCCUGUAUCACUACACCCCAUCCAUCGCAGCUGCAAUCAUAUUCGUCGUGCUCUUCGCACUUGGCUUCAUCGGUCAUGUCUACUACAUCGCCAGACUGCGUGCUCGCUACUUCAUCGCCUUCGCCAUCGGUGUGCUCUGUGAGUAUCGAUACCGACUUUUCGGACCCGUUUAUGAACUAACGCCUUAUANNGUUGAGUGCAUAGGAUAUGUCGGCCGUGCUCUUUCACACAGCGACAAGGAAGCACUUGGACCCUUCAUCAUGCAGAGUCUUCUGAUUCUGGUCGCUCCUGCACUCUACGCUGCUUCGAUCUACAUGGUCCUCGGCCGUGUUAUCCGUCUUCUUGAUGCUGAAGAGUACUCCAUCAUUCGCACCAAAUGGCUUACCAAAGUCUUCGUCAUUGGUGAUGUCUUCUCUUUUCUUGUGCAGUCUUCCGGCGCUGGCCAGCAGGCUAGAGGCGAUCUCGACGCAUUCAAUCUCGGUAAGAACCUUGUCAUCGCUGGUCUCAUCAUACAAAUUGUCAUCUUCGGCUUCUUCGUAAUUGUGGCCGGCCUCUUCCACAUUCGCGUUAACAAGCUUCCUACCGGUGCUUCUGUCGACUCAAACCUGAACUGGCGCAAGCACAUGCACAACUUGUACUUCUGUAGCGCUAUUAUCCUUAUCCGUAAUCUCAUCCGUGUGAUUGAGUAUGCACAAGGAAACGACGGAUACAUCAUUACUCAUGAAUGGAUGCUGUACAUCUUCGAUGCUGUCUUUAUGCUCUUGGUCACCGCUGCCUUCCUUAUCUUGCACCCCAGCAAACUUCUCGGCAAUGGACGUCUCCCAAGCAGGGGCGAGCCUCAACUCUAUGCCAUGGAAAGUGGUCAAACUCAGGUCAGAUCACAUCGUCAACAUUCCAAGCAUAGACACAGUCGUACUCAUACGCAUUCUAGUCGCCCCCUCNAGUCAUCGUCGACACCCUUCGGCAAGAUCGAUAGAUCCUAG